AUGCUGGUCAGAAAAGCUCUGAUCGAGCGAGCAUUAGACUUCAACAUUAUCCUCGACGACGUCUCGCUCACUGAACUGGCCUUCUCGCCACAAUACUCAGCUGCCGUUGAAGCGAAGCAGCUUGGAGAGGCUAUGAGAGCGGACCCUGGUUUCUUGAAGUUGCGGAAGAUUCGAGCAGCUCAGACCAUCGCUCGAGUUGUAUCGGAGUCUAAUAACAAUAAGGUUUACCUACCUGCUGGUGGCCUUAUGUUGAACAUAGCUGAUCCUAACUACAUGGAUAUCAACGAGGGAAAGAGAAGAUAA